AUGGCUUCUCUUCGGGGGGCCGUCUGGAAGGCCCGGUCGCCGGAGGGGAACGAGAACGACUCUGAUGGAGUGCCAGAUGAUUUCACUCUCCCACCUCCGAGGGAGCCCCUCCUCUCAAUUCCUGACCCUUCCCAGAGCCCCAGGGGAGCUCCACCUGGUGAAUUGGAAGUUCCCAAGGCUGAUACCAUACAGUUGCUGACCAAGUGGAACGGGGGGACCCCUAGGUCGGCGCAGAGCACUCCCACGAAGUCUACGCCCAGGCCUCACUGCGGAAACGGAGGUUUGUGUAGUGGCAAUGGCGGUCGUUUCCCUCCGCAUUCUGGAGCUAGGGAGAGGUGGGGCUCGUCCAAGGCCGCGAGGACGAUGGUUGAGUUUAAAACUUGUCCAUCAGCUGAGGUCCGGCACUUUGAGCUUGACGAGGAUACGUCCUUCUGGAAUGAUCACAAUGUUCAGGUAUCAGCUGCGUUCUUUCUCAUGCGUAAUACAACUACCAAUUUUCUCUGUGGUUCUACGCUGUAGAUGAAUUAAUGUUUAAAUUUUUUACAUGAUCCAGGUUUUGAUACGCAUUCGACCCAUCAACAGUACGGAGAGCGCAUUGCAAGGUAAUGGGAGAUGCUUGACGCAGGAGAGCUCACAUACCUUGAAAUGGACAGGGCACCCUGAGACAAGAUUUACCUUCGAUCACGUGGCAUGUGAAACCACAUCACAGGUGAGAUUCAGUGAAGGAAGUCUCUGUCUGCCGAAAGAACGUGACUCCCCAAUUUCCUUGUCGAUUUUUAAGUCCUCUAGCACACCUGAGUUGAGGAGUCUCGAUGAACAGGAAACGCUUUUCAAUGUCGUUGGCCUACCGAUGGUGGAGAAUUGCAUGUCUGGUUAUAACAGCUGCAUGUUUGCCUACGGGCAGGUAUCGGUUUCAUCAGCCUUCGACUUUCUCUUAAUUCUCAUGGAAAUAACCAUUAACCAUUAUUUUGCAGACGGGUAGCGGCAAAACGUACACAAUGCUGGGUGACAACCUCUGUGAUGAUCGCGGAAUGACACCUCGAAUUUUUGAGUACCUUUUUGCAAGGAUAAAGGAGGUAAAUUUCCGCUUGUCUGUUUUGCCACGACCGAGUACAUUUCGAUCCCCUAACCAUUCCCCCUUUGUAAUUAAUUCAUCAGGAAGAGGAAGAGCGGAAGAAUGAGAAGCUAAAGUACGUCUGCAAGUGCUCAUACCUAGAGAUCUACAAUGAGCAGAUAACAGAUCUUCUGGAUCCUUCAUCAACUAAUCUACAAGCAAGAUCCUCCGACUUCGUAACCGUUCAAUCUCUUUUAUUUGCUUCGAGGAUCUCUGAUUGAGGUUGGUUUCAUGUUUCAGUUGAGAGAGGAUAUGAAGAAAGGUGUAUAUGUAGAAAAUCUCAAGGAACAUGAUGUUAGUACUGUGAAAGACGUAAUUGAGCUUCUGUUACAGGUGAUAGUGAGAAACUAAUUACCUCUUUGUAAUGAGAAGCUAAUAUCAUGGAAUUCUUCCAGUUACUCACUGUACCUGCAUACAUUCAGGGUACAGCAAAUCGAAAAAUGGCUGCCACAAGUAUGAACAGUGAAAGCAGUCGCUCUCACAGUGUUUUCACCUGCAGCAUUGAGAGUCAAUGGGAGAAAGAUUCUAUGGUGCAUAUUCGGUUUGGAAGGUUGAACUUAGUGGAUCUUGCUGGCUCAGAGAGGUAAAUGAAUGCACGAUUCUUAAAUCAGAACCUCAAAAAGUCGUGAUUUUCUUUUAAAGUAGGCUCAAUUUUAUCUUCUGAACCAGGCAGAAAAGCUCUGGGGCUGAGGGAGAGCGCUUGAAGGAAGCUGCAAACAUCAAUAGAUCUUUAUCUACACUGGGGUAACUUUAUCAAAUUUCUAGAUUUGUAGAAUCAAAAUCUUGGUGACAAUUGUGAUAGUUUCCUAUUUUUAUGACCCAAUGACCUUAUUACUGGUGCAAUGUACAUACACGUUCAAGAAUCAAUUAUUAACAGUUGAGGAAACUCCUCUUAAUAUCUUUCUACUUAAAAACAGCUACCCUUAGAUUAUCCUGUUUUUUUAAGAAUGCGCUGAGCAGAGGUGUUGUUAUUGGGUUUGUACGCUUUAAACUGGGCGCCUACUGAAAGUUAAAUGGCGUAGGCAAGAAGAAAUCGAGAAGAAACUUCGAUUUUAACUGAAAAGUUGAAAGUGCACUAUAAAUACAUAUUUCUCAAAGGACUCUUACUGUAGAAAAUGAUUCACAUUGGGCCACAGAAGAAACAAAAUUUGUGUACUUCAUUUUCUCACAUGUGCUCAUCUUUAAUUCAGGCUGGUAAUCAUGACUUUAGUUGACAUAGCAAAUGGAAAACAACGACAUGUUCCCUACAGAGAUUCUCGAUUGACAUUUCUUCUUCAGGUGACAAUAUCAAAUUAUUAACUGUAAAUUCUUUUUAUGAAUCCAUGCCAUCGAUGCUUUACAAACUUAUUGCUGUUUCAGGAUUCUUUGGGAGGGAAUUCUAAAACGACAAUUAUUGCAAAUGUUAGUCCAUCUAUCUGGUAUAAACUAUCCUUUCUUUUCCUUUUUUUUGGGUCCACUUCUAGGUCUGAUAUUCCGUGAUUUGAUCACAUCCUUAUUGUGCCGGGUGCUUCUGUGCAGCUCUAUGAAUGAGACGCUAAGCACUCUCAAGUUUGCUCAGCGAGCCAAGCUCAUACAAAACAAUGUACAUGUUUGAAGAAUUUUACUUAAAUUACCUUUGGUGAUGCAAUCAAUUGUCAUGGACCUUUGCUAUCCUAUUCAUUUUUUCUGAUUCUUUUUUAUUAACUUCCUAGGCUAAGGUGAAUGAAGAUGCUUCCGGUGAUGUAAUGGCUUUGCAGAGAGAGAUUCAGAGAUUAAGGGUAGGAUUUUUAUUUCCUCUUCUUUUGUUUGGUUUUGUCAUAUUUUUGAUAUAAUUAUUCAACUUCUGAUCAUACAGGAUCAGCUGAACAUUGUCAUCGAACAUCAAAAUAUUCCUAGGCUUCCAUUUGGACAAGCCAUGAUAAAUGAGCUAACUAAUGCGGUCAAGAAUCGUGAUACGAGUGAUUUUUCAGGAGAUUCCAUGACUUCAGUAGAAAACUGCCCUCCCCCAGACCACAAUGUAUCUUCGCAGCUGCAUUGAACGAAUAAUUAAUCUUAUUAGAUAGAAUGCUGGCUUAGGUUAUUUAAUAUAGUUUUGGUCUACAGAUCGAAUUCCUCAAAGCAGCAUUGGCUGAUUCCAUGAGGAGAGAGAAAACGGCUGAGGAUAGAGCAAAGAGCCUUGAAGCUGAAAGUGAACACAUGAAACUAGUGGUAAUAUUUUUGGUGAAUUUUAUUAUCUUGUCGUUGGAAAGUAUUUCGACAAAGUAUGAUGACUGUGCAUAUUUGAAACUCAUAAGAAAUUACAAGUCAACUGUUCUUUAUAACCUUAUGACGUUUUCUAUACAUUUUGGGUGAUUGGGUUUCUAUACAUCAACGGGAAAAUUAACAUGUGAAUGGAGGUUACUGGUAGAUAAGUCUCAGCAAGGGCUUGACUUUAGGACGAGACAAAUUCAGAGGCACAUGGUGUUGUAAUCAUCUGUUUCUCUCAUUUCUUUGUUUCUAGGUCCAGAAAAUGGAGGCAGAUAUUCAGCUAACGAAAUUGACGCUUCAUCUUCGUGAUGAGGCAAUUCAAAGGCUAGAAUCGCUGACAUAUGGGUGCUUGUCUUGUGAUGGGUACCACAUGGAGAAGAAUAAUGCAUCGAUUGAACAGAUCCAAUUGUUGCAAGAGAAGACGAAUAGGAAUCCAGAAUUGACUCGAUUAGGACAGGAGAAUGCAGAGCUUUUCGAGCAGUUUAGAAUGUAAGUCUUUCUAUUAUUGAAUUUUUCUCCCAAAAAGAAUAUCCUAUGUUGACAUUUCAUGGAUUUCAUUUUGGUUUUAUGAUCAGACUUGUUCAAUCAUAUUUCUGUGCGCGAAAUGCACUAUACAAAUAUUCUAGUGUGAUUUGUAGCUUAUAUCAUUCAAGACCAUCAGCGCAUACAUUUCUGCGCAAGCUGAGGGACAAUAGUUCUCUGCUCACCGGGGAAGCAAUUGCUAGUAAGCCGAGGAGAGAUAUACAUGCGGGAAACCAUGCAACUUCUGCUCUCGAAAAAUUGGGGCAUUUGUGGCUAAGUUUUAGUUUUAUUACAGAUGAGAUAAGCAAGUGAUGCAGGAUUUGAUGCUCUAAUUCUAGCUAAACUUUAUGUUCAGAUAAUUAAAAAAGGUGUCAAAUUUUCCCAGAAUUCUAGCCCUGCUGCUCAGAGGAAGAUUCGCUAGAGCAUAGGGUAUAUCGAUCUAAUUAUUUAAUCAAUCAUUGUUUCCUGACUGCCAAAUCAAUGACUAAGCUCCUGUUCUUAAUCUUGCUGUACUGGUUUUGUAAAAAAAUGGUUCACGAUUUGAUGGAAUUAACUGUAGGCUGAAAAUUUGACAAGUUUAUUCUUGAAAUUGUCAGUUCAGGCCAAAGAAAUCAGCAAAUUACUUGGUUAAUCUUAUAACUGAUCCUCAAACACAAUGAAUUGACGGGAAUGAGGAACUCGAAAUCUCUAACCUUCGCAAGUAAAUUACACAUCUUUUCAGUCAAUCAUUUGAAGAAUUUGAACAGAGAUAUUCUCCUUUAGAUUGCAUUCAUUUUUCUAUUCUCAAAACCUUAAGCUGGGUAAAUCCUUCAUACCAAUACUAACAUAUUCAUGUCCACUGUCUACAGGAAAGUUAAUGAGUUGAAUGAUCAACUUGAACCUCUGUCGUCAACUCGACAGUCCAUGGAUCAAGAUGUGAGUGAUUUUUCACCCACUUGGGUCUUGUCACAAUUAUGCCUACAAGCACUGUAUUGACUUCUGCUUCUGCUUCAGGUUACGAAUGAUUUGUGCAGGGAGAGCCGAAGGAGAGCAGAAACAGGACCUUUACCUGUGAGAAUAUACGUUUAGCUGACUCAUUCCCACUGUCUCUUUGAUAUUUUAUGCCAGACGCAAAACACUUGCUUCUGAGACCGAGUUUCUUUCUUCUUCAUCAGCCUGUCUUUUUGCCUCAAUCAUCAUAUGAGAUCAUAGUUCUGAUUAUUAGAUCAUAUCUGAUUAAAUACCAAUUCUGCAGGAUGAGGUGAACGUGGCUGUCAAUAGUGUUGGGGAUGGGAUGGCGUCCUUCAUGAGGAUGGAUAAAAUUAUCAAUCAUCGAUACAAAGAUGAUGUUCCACAGUCUGGGAGCACGACGAUGUCAUUGAUACAUGCAAAAUUAGAAAAUGUUCAAAGGGAACUGAUGGAGGCCAGGAGAUUGAAUACACAACUUCAGAGAGAGAAUUCUUCAGAAUCAUGCCAAUCUUAUGAAAUGGAACGAAUUGGAGAACAAAUUGAGGUGGAGAUAGCGAUAAUGAUUUCAAACCUGCAUAAAGAACUAGCUGUGCUCCAGAAAGAAGUUUCUUCACAACAAGCUACUGAUUUUUUGGAUGAAAAUCCUUUAACAAUCUUGACAAGGGAAAACCAGGAACUUAAGGAAAGGUCAUGCAAGGCUACUAAUGCAAUUGCUGAACUGAAGGAUAUUAUUGAUACAAAAGAUGCACGCAUUAAUGUAAUGGCCGAAGAAUGGGAGAAGGCAGUCAUUGAUCUAACUAGCUUCCUUUUAGAUGGUUGCCAGUCACUUGAAGAUGCUUCUGGUCAGAUUAAUAGUAUACUUGAUUCGUUUCCCCACAGUAAAACAUGGAUCAGUGAUCAUGUUGAACGAGCUAUGAAAAUCUUCAUAGAAAAGGAAAGGUUAAUAGUGGACCUGAAGAAAAAUUUAGAGGAGGCACAAAAGAUGAGUUUAGAGAUGACUUCUAAAUUGAAUGCCCUAAGAGGGGCAAUGCUGGCCAUGACCGAAGUCCAUGAAUUCGAGCAUAAUGAAACAACCAAGGAAGUACUCUACUUGCAGGCAAUAUUGAAUGAGAAAAUGCUCAAGAUCCACGAAUUACAGGAUAAUGUAGAGUAUGCUGAUGACCAUAUUAUCAAAGAAGGAAAACAAGAUGAUGCUGCUUUUAUGGGAAUAGAAAAGUCGAAUGAAAUGGUGAAUACAAAGCAUGCAAGGGUGAAUAAGCUGCUGGUUAAUGGAGCUGAGAUGGACUUCCCCCAAUAUCAGCCAAGCCAAGGAAAAGAUUGUGAUCCUGUAAGUACUAAAUUCCAAACCUCUUUUGGGCAUAAUGAGAAGAAACAAACAGAAGAUUUAGCUUCUGGGUCGAAACUGUUGCUUUCCAUGGAGAGUAAUGGGUUUGUUGCUGAAGAAUCACAGUUUGAUGCGAAUGUUUCAUUGCUAAAAGAAAUUCAGGCUCAAGUUGAAACAUCAAUGCUGCAGACUUUAGAUUCUGACAGCGAAUUAUUCACUUUGUUUCGAGAUACUCAGAGUUACCUUUCCUCCUUAAUGUCGGACAUCAAUGACACUUACUCUGAGGCCAAAUAUUUUUUCCAACAAUCGAUUGCAGAGUUGCUUCACACAAAAAAGCACAUAAUACAGUUGAGUAUGCAUAACCCUGUAUGUAUUGUUGGAACUUCAGUACUUGAAGAUAAGCGUAGGAGCCAGAGUGGUCCGUAUUCAACGAUUCAGCUUAUCAAAAAUAACCUUUCCGAUGCUAAUGGAAAGUUAAGAACCCUCAAGGUAGACGUUCUGGAUCUGUUAAGUAUGUGUAGGAAUACUACAGAAUAUGAAAACUUAACCAAAAAAGGUUCAACCAUUGUUCUGAGGGAUGAAGAAAAUUUGAUGCUGAAUGAGGCAGAUAUACUACAUCUAAGGGAGGAACUGGAGCUUUCUUUUGACAGUAUAAUAAAAAUACACAAUCAAUUUAGUAACCUUCUUGAUGACACAAAGGAUACUAAGAAUUCUUCCAAGACACAAUUUUCAGAUGAAUUUAUUCAUGUUGGCGCUGGUGAUCCAUCUCUAAAUUUAUUCAAUCAGAUGAAUACAGAGAUCUCUUGUCACAAGCUUCAAAUUUUGGAGCGACAGAUUGAGAAAAUGGAUGCAAGCUACUCAAGAACCAGUGAGGUAAGCUUUGUACUUUUAUUUGAACGUUAAACAUGUUUCUAUGGCAUUUUUAUCAACCAAAAUUGGCAACUAGGAUGAGCGAUAAUCUUGUUUCUAACAUCUUUGACUCUUUGGAUAGAUACUGGACAAAGAGGUCAAUGAUGGUCGGGAGUUUGAAGACGAGCAAACAGAGCAAACUGCAAGCUUAUUAGGAAAAUUUGAGGAAGCACAUGAAACGAUGAAAGAGGCUGAUCUUAUGCUGAAAAAGCUAUUAGCAGCAAAUGAAAAUGCGUGCCUUGAGGCAGACAGAUGGAAGCAAACAAGUGAAAAGAUGCAGAUAGAAAGAGACUCAUUGGCUACAGAAGUGGAACGAAUGAGAGAAAUUAUUGUCGCUGAUGUGGAACAGGAAAAAUUCCUAAGAGACCAGAUUAACGCUGCUAUCAUAGAAAUGCCAAUUCUAAUGGCUGCAUUUCAAGAAAAUUUUCAAACGAUAGAGGAUUAUACAAUCUCAGAACUGAAUGAAAUGCAUUCCACUGUUUUGUCAUCUCUGAAGGAAAUGCAGGAGUGCAUAGAGACCUCGAAAGCAUGGCUUAAAUCCCUUUCUUCUGAGAUAAUACGUAAAGCUUUACCAUUAUCUUUCCCUAAUUUGCAACACCAAGGGUCCUUGGACGAAGUUGCUAGCCUUGAACUAGUCCACAAUCUUGAUGAUUCUUCCCGUGGAGAUUCCAGGACUGUACCCAGAGAUAGAGGAAAUGGCUCCCUGCAUGUCAGGAAUGGCUUAGGAUCUAUGAAGGAAGACGUGGAAGGAAUUGAGCAACAUGAAAAAGGGGCAUUGUCUGGUUUAGGUGUACCCCAGGAGUUGCUGAACUUUUCCCCGGAAUCUCAUGCUGACUUUUUUAUUAAUGCAGAUUCCACAUGCUGCGAGAGUCCAAUUGCUCUUAAUGCCCUAAAAUGUCCUCUACUUGCACAGCUAGAGACGGAAAAAACAGACAUAAUUGGUGAUCUGAAAUUUUCUGAGGGGCACAUUGUAGAUCUAAUUGAAGAAAAUGAUAGUGUAACUCAUACUUUGUCACUUUCGCAAGAACCAGAUCAGAACGAUGUACUCUUCAGAAAUGAACCCUAUGGGCAUGGACUAGGUUCUGUUGCUCUAGAGAACGUCAUCAAAGAUAGUAUGAAAGAGUCAACUGGUUCUCUGGGACAGGCUCAGUAUGAGCUAGCUAUCAAGAUUGCUGAAGUUGAUGCAAUGCUUUGCCGCAAGAGAGAAAUUUUAUCUCCGGUGACAGAUACCAAAGCUGCACUUGCUAGCUCAAGAUCAAAACCUAUGGAAAGCAAAGAUCUAUCGACUGCAUUCUUAAAAGAAAAGAGCAACCUAAAUGGCCAGUUGGAGAAGAUGGAUGCUGAAAGGCGGUUGAAAGACCAAGAAAGGAUCAUUGAAAGCUUGGAGAAAGAAAUAUGCCGGGUGAAUGCCUCACUAGAAAAGAGAGGAUUUUUUUCAGUACAAGAAAUUUUGCAGGAACUGAGAUUGGUCUGUGAUGAGAGGGAUCGGCUCCAGGAUGAUAUUCUUCACCUGACUGAAAAGCUCGAGAUGGCACGUGCCAUGGCUGAUGAAAAUGAAGCAGUUGCAGUUGAAGCUCGUCAAGUAUGUACCCAAACUGGCGACCAGCUUUUCUUCCAUUUGAAAUGGGGUGGUUUUGACAUGCCUGAACCAAAUCUUGCGUUCUUUCAGGGUGCGGAGGCAAGUAGAAUCUAUGCUGAAGAGAAGGAAGAGGAGGUCAGAGUCCUUGAAAGCUCAGUUGCAGAGCUCGAGGGAACCAUAGAUGCGCUAGAGAAAAAGGUAACUCCUGGAAUUUCCUGUGCAUCAUUCUUCUCCAUUGAUUGACGUGCAUGUGAUCAAUUCCCUUUUCUGGAUAUGACCAUUUUCUGAAUUCAGGUGUUCGACAUGGCGGAAGAGGUAGAACGGUACCAGCUGAUGAGGGAAGAACAAGAGCAGGGGCUUCAGACUCUCAGGAAAAGAGUGUUGACCAGAACGCCUGGUGAAAGCUUUGGGACAGAUGACUCUGAUGUUGGAGCUCACCAUGUACCAAGGUCAAAUCCGCUUGUUCCACUGUAAUCUUCGAACAAGGCUGCACAGUCUUUUAUCUGCCAGCUACUAAGUCAACCAUUUUCCCCUGUAGGCAAUUUGAAGCCAUGUUUCUAGAGCUUUACGACUCAAAAAAGAAAAUAGAGGAUCUUGAAAAGGAAAGAGCUCGACAAGCUGAAGAGGUAUCUACUUGCCCCACCCCCCUCCCCUUCCCCCGGCUUGCAUAUUACUAAUAAACACUAUCGAUUAACCAAUUCCAAUUUUAUAAGAUUGAACGAUUUGAAGAGCACAUCUCCGAGCUUAUUUUGCACUCCGAGGCCCAAUCAUCACAUUACCACCAAAAGGUAGUAAAGGAGGAUCUAUAUGCAUAUAACCCCAUACUGGUCUGAGUUUGGUUAUGAUUAAUGCCAUCCUUUUGAUAUCUGGAACAGUUCCAGAUGCUGGAAGCAAUGGUGUCUGAAGCCAAGAUGAAUCCGUCAUUAUCGAACCAUGCAUCUUCAUUGACAAAUAAAAUAGAUAAGACUUCUGUCAGACCAAGAGGUUCUGUGUCACCAUUCAAAUGUAUCUCAAGUGUGGUUCAGCAGAUGAAUUCAGAGAAAGAUAAGGAACUUUCUCUGGCCAAGCUUCGAAUUGAAGAGUUGCAAGCACUGGCUGCCAAUCGCCAGAAACAGGUGAUACAUCUUCGCCGAUUUGAGUCUCACAGACAUCUCUUCCCUUUUUUGAUAGAAAAUACAAGAAAAUAUUGUAUUUCGUUUAUUUCUGGCAUCGUACUAGUUUUUGCUGUGCUCAGUGUAGAAUUAAGUCACCUGAAUUUCUAAUAAAAGUCGCUCGUUUUACAUCAACGUGGCUUCGUUUUCUACUAUUUUUGUAUUUCCUUUUCCAUUUAACAAGAACAAGGGUUCCAUAAUUAUUUCCUUUAUGGGUAAAAAUGAAAGAAUAAUUGUGAUGAGUUAUUACUGGCAUGAUAUUAGCCAUAGCUGUGUGGGCAGACAUUUUUUCUCGAAUUUUAUAAUAAAAAUUGCUCUUCUUUUGAAUGAAUAUGCCCUCGCCAUCUAUUCUUGUUGCACUUCAUCCCCAUAACCCUUUUGAAUCUAAAAAUAAAUAAAUCUCCCUCCUGGGAAAUCUAUCACUCUGUGAUAACGUAACCCUUUUGAAUGAACAUGCCUCUCAGGUGUGCAUGCUCUCUGCAAGGUUAGCAGCGGUGGACAACAUGACACAUGAUGUGAUCAGGGACCUCCUGGAGGUGAAAUUGGACAUGACGAGCUAUGCUGUAAGCUUCAGAUGGAAGCUAACUCACCGUGGAUUCCAUUUUUGUUCCAAAUUUCAUCAAUUUUUUUUUAAUGGUUUCUUUUUUUUUUGGUUGGACAUAGAAUUUGAUAGAAAUGGAGCAACUGAAAAACUCACCGGGGGAUGAUCGGCAAGAAGAUCAUGUAAAUAAGGAGAAGGUUAGGGUCUUGAGAUGACUGGUUUAUUUUGCCUUUUUAUAUGCCGGGACUAACAGGUAUUCUCUCAAAUCAGGAUGAUGAAAUUCUAAGACUGAAGGGGAAGAUUAAUGACUUAAUUGAAGAAAAAGACAGGUACGACUUCUACCUAGAAUGUUAGAUGCUUACAAAAUAUGAUCCAUCAGAACAUCUGAGGAAAAAUAGGGUGCACAGGGGCAUCUUUCUGGGAAAAAAAAUGAUCUCAAAUGGUUUUUUAAUGUGAUUUAUGGGGGCCUGAAGUUAAAUUUAUGAAGAUUUAUGAAUAACUGAAACUAAAUAUUUCUGGAGAAUUAUGAUUUCAAACAGUUGCUUAAUAUGAUCUGAGAAAACAUCAUAUGCAAGAAUUUACGAAGAACUGAGGUUAUUUUCUGGCAAGGUAUACCAGACACUGCAUUAUUUUCCGGGCAAAAAAGAAAAAAAUGGUUCAAACAGUUGCUAAAUGUGAUUCAUCGUGCCUGAAGUUGAAUUUCCUUUGGUAGGUGGAUUGAAGAAAUGAAGGCAGAUAUUCUAGCAACCCAAGCAAAACUCGAGAAGCUACAACACCGGUAUCAAGUGCUCACAGCACAAAAUGAGAUGCUGAAGGUCUGCUCUCCCUGUGAACGAUCUUUGAUUCCAGCCACAGUGCUUUACUUUUGGGGAGAGAGAGAGAGAGAGAGAGAGAGAGAGAGAGAGAGAGAGAGAGAGAGAGAGAGAAGAGAGAGAGAGUCUUAUGAUCUUUGUCUGUGGACGGUUUAUUCAUGCUCUCUAUUCGUCUUCCCUACAGAUGGACAAGAGAAACCUCACCAGGAGGAUCGCCGAGCAGGAUGAGAUCAUGAAGCAGCUUGUCGGUCCAAAAAGCUUCCAAGAAUUGAUACAAAGCCCCCCAAAUGACAAGGUACCAUCAUUUUUCUAGAGAGAUAAAACGCAGGCAAAAAUAGAAAAAAAAAUCUCUUAAUUUUUCUCUCUGAUGAUGCCCCACCUUAGCAGCAGGAGAGCAGCCCCUCAAGCUACAGGACCAAUGAUCUUGCUCGGAGGCUCGCCAAGUCCGACAAGCUCCUUCUUCAUCGCACAAGAACAUCUAAACCUGAUGAUGAAGGCUCCGAUCGCCGACGACGACCAAAGAGAGAAGAUUACCAUCCCAGAUGA